AUGAUGUCUAUAAAUUCUAAAGCAACGGCGGCGGAUACUACUAAGAAGCGCAACGACGGCGGAUACUAUAUCCGGCAACGGAGACCUGCCACAGAUCUACAAUCGAUUAGUCCAUGGUUUGAAGGGCGUCGUUCGAUUCCACAGCGGCAACACGGACAACGGCAACACGGACAGCGGCAACCAACGGUGGCGGAAGGGUUCAAAAGAAGAUUCCACUGUGAGUAUAACGACAGUAGAGGGAAACAGACACAAAUACGUAUAUCACUGAUAUAUGAAUAUGACUUACAGAAGUAUACUUCGGAGGAGGAAGGGGAAAAGGCGGCGGCGACGAUAGUGGGUCUGUCUUUCUUCUUCGACGGCGACGGUGGGCGGAGAGAACAUGCAAUCGCCUAUCCGACAAAGAGAGAGAACGGAACGGACUUGGAUUUGUGA